UUGAAUUGUUUUGUGUGAGUUGGGGAAGGUCAAGAGUGGAGUCGCCUGGAGUAACUUUGGCCUGAAAGUUUGAGGACCCCGGACUUGAUUUCCAGCCUGAAGGGAAGCAGCUCUGCCUCCGAGAGACGGACACCAGCGUCGACACUGUGCCAUGAAAACGAGGCUGGAUAAACUCUCGAGGUAGAUCUGUGCGCCUCCUCAGACUCUAUCAAAAAUGUCAACAAGGACCCCACUGGUGCAAGUCAUUGAGAAUUCAACAGGACAGGAGACCAAGUCAUCUGGUCGCUCCAGCAUGCCGCGAUGUCGGAACUCCGUUGCCACGACCACAUCAGAUGACCAGCCGCACAUUGGUAACUAUCGGUUGCUAAAAACCAUCGGCAAAGGCAACUUCGCCAAGGUCAAACUGGCACGACACGUCCUCACCGGAAAAGAGGUGGCUGUAAAGAUCAUUGAUAAGACACAGCUCAACUCCUCCAGUUUGCAGAAGCUCUUCCGGGAGGUGAGGAUCAUGAAGAUGUUGAAUCAUCCAAACAUAGUCAAGCUCUUUGAGGUGAUAGAGACAGAGAAGACUUUGUACCUGGUAAUGGAGUACGCUAGUGGAGGAGAGGUCUUUGAUUACUUGGUGGCCCAUGGCAGGAUGAAGGAGAAAGAAGCCCGUGCCAAAUUCAGACAGAUUGUGUCAGCGGUGCAGUAUUGCCAUCAGAAGUGUAUAGUACACAGAGACCUCAAGGCAGAGAACCUGCUGCUGGACGCAGACAUGAACAUCAAGAUAGCAGACUUUGGCUUCAGUAAUGAGUUCACUCUGGGGAACAAGCUCGACACGUUCUGCGGCUCUCCACCCUACGCCGCCCCAGAGCUCUUCCAGGGAAAGAAGUACGACGGGCCUGAGGUGGACGUCUGGAGCCUGGGGGUGAUCCUCUACACACUGGUCAGCGGCUCGCUGCCCUUCGAUGGACAGAACCUCAAGGAACUGAGAGAGCGCGUGCUGCGUGGUAAAUACAGGAUUCCUUUCUACAUGUCCACCGACUGUGAGAACUUGCUCAAAAAGUUCCUCAUUCUGAACCCCUCCAAAAGAGGCAGCCUUGAGCAGCAGAUAAUGAGGGACCGGUGGAUGAAUGUGGGCCACGAGGAGGAAGAACUUAAACCCUACAUCGAACCCCAGCCAGAUUAUAAAGACCCCAGGAGGACAGACAUCAUGCUGACAAUGGGAUUCUCUGCGGAGGAGAUCCAGGACUCACUGGUGAACCAGAAGUACAAUGAUGUGAUGGCUGCAUACCUGCUACUGGAUUUUAGGAACUCUGAGCUGGAUGAAAGUGGCAUCAAGCCCCGGCCAGGAUGUGAUGUAAGCAACAUAAACGCCCCCUCCCCGCCUCAUAAGGUACAGCGCAGUGUGUCGUCCAACCAGAAGCCUCAGAACCGCAGAGCCACCGACCACGGCUCCUCCUACUCCAAGAGGGGGGAUCGAACAGACAACCGGACUGCAGGAGACGAUUCUGGGAGGAAAGGUUCAGGCAGCUCCACUACCAAGGUGCCGGCCAGUCCACUUGUCCCCUCUGACCGCAAGAAGAGCGCCACGCCCUCCACCAAUAGCAUCCUGUCCACCGGUACUGGUCGCAGUCGGAACUCUCCUCUGACUGAGAGAUCCACACUGGGCCAGGGUAUCCAGAACGGAAAGGACAGCCUAAACACUCCGGGCUCCCGCGCCUCCACUGCCUCGGCCGCUGCCGUCCUCUCCUCCUCUUCCUCCUCGCGUCCCCGCCACAACAAGUCCCUGUCCUCCUCCAAUCAUCCAUGCCCCUCUGACCUGCACGCACCGCGGCCCAGUGCCCCAACUCAGCGGGCGCCCGGUGCCUCCCCAUCUGCCCACAACAUCAGCAGCGCUGCCGCGACAGACCGUACCAACUUCUCCCGAGGGGUGGGCAUCCGCAGCACAUUCCAUGCAGGCCAGCAGCGGGGUGCCCGGGACCAGCAGGGCUCCGCCUACCCCGGCGGGCCCGCGUCCCCGUCACUGUCACAUGGCAACAGCCAGGCCCGGAGGACGCACGGCGCCACAGGAAUUUUCAGCAAGUUCACAUCCAAGUUUGUACGCAGGAGUCCGUAUGAGGGAGAGGGUCGGGAUGAGGGGAGCAGGUCUAUGCUGAGCAGUACAGUGGACAAGUCAGAGAAGACGUCAGGAGGCGUUCUCUCCUCUUCUUCCAACAAUGAUGAGAACAACUCCUCACCAGGAUCUGUGAACACUGGCGGCACCGGCACCCCUCCGGCCAUCGGCAGCCAAAAGGAAUCGGCCAAGCCGCGCUCGCUCCGCUUCACCUGGUCCAUGAAGACCACGUCGUCCAUGGAGCCCAUGGAGAUGAUGCGCGAGAUCCGCAAGGUCCUCGACUCCAACAGCUGCGAGUACGAGCUGCGCGAGCGCUACAUGCUGCUGUGCGUGUCGGGCAACCCGGCGCGCGACGACUUCGUCCAGUGGGAGAUGGAGGUGUGCAAGCUGCCGCGGCUCUCCCUCAACGGCGUGCGCUUCAAGCGGAUCUCGGGCACGUCCAUCGCCUUCAAGAACAUUGCCUCAAAGAUUGCCAAUGAGCUCAAACUGUGAGUGCUGAGGAGCAGCGAGGAGAGAUGAGAUUAAAGCGUGGAGGAAGGGAGGGUGAAGGAGGUGAUAGUGAGGAUGAAGAGGAUGCUGUAAGCGAGGUGGGGUCAGUGUGGAGGUCAGGAGGUAAGCUAACGGGUGGGAUCACUUUAAAAAUAACUCGAUUGUUAUCUGGACAAAGGUCUGAAGUAGGGCUAUUUGGUUCUCUGAGACUAGAAAUCGUUCCUUUUCUAGGAGUUUUGUUCCUUAAGUUCACGAGGCCCUGCCAUUAGAAACUCUGAGUGGAUUUCCUCUGAGUUGUGAAGUACUUAUAGACCGAGGUCUUCUCUCUUCCCUGCUGGGUAUUUUAUUUUUUUUGUCACGUUCUACUUAGACGUUCCACUCUUCUGCAUGUCCGAUCUGCUCUCUCUGUUUUUUAAGUAGUCACACUUUGAUCACUCUGACCACUCCUGUCACUUCUUCCUGCUAUUUAUUCAGUUUUUCUCUGCUGCCAGGUCUUUAUUUGGAUAGGGGGGAGCCCCGGGUCAAAAUGGGGGAUGGAUGGAGGACAAAUAGGGUGGAGAAAAUUGCUGGGGGAAAAAAAAUAUCUGAAUCUCUAACAAGUGGCAAUGAUUGACAGAAAGUUCGGAGCCUUAUUUUGCUGGAAACUCAAAGGAGUUUUCAUUGAAUUUGUUCUGAUCCUCCUCCAAAACUGAAUGGACUCCAACUGAGCCAGGACUUUGGUUGCUGAAGUCCACUGUCUCUCUCUCCCUCUCUCACACACACACACACACACACACACGCACACAUAAUCCUACAGAUAGACUUUGGAUGCAGAUGGAUUUUUGACUGCUGCUGUUGGUUAAAGGACCCUCUCCACUCCACCUGCCCACCCAAACCUCCUCCCCUCCUGCACAAAAAUGAACUUUUAAAAAAUCCUUCACCUCCCUCCUCCCCCCACAACCACUCACUCUUCACCACCCUCUCUCCAUCUAAUUUCAAACUGAACUCAGCACAAACACAUCCAUCUUGUACGCCUCUUCACUCCCUUUUUUCUUCCUCUCCUCUCAUGCCAUCAAGUCUGAGGAGUCCAGUCAGACUUGAUGACGUCAUCGAUUGUACGGGCUUCAUUCAACCUGUCUUCAAGUCAAGUCCAUACUUUUUUUUUUUUUUUUUUUUUUUUUUUUUUUUUUUUUUUUAGUUUCUACUUUUAUGGCUUUUAAAAAGAGUUGUGCACUGGAAAAGAGGGGCAUAUGGGAAACUGGGGAGGGAAGGACAGCUCGUGGACGGGGUUGUCGAUGGAUUUUAUGUUGCCUUUCAUUGUAGAAUUAAAUUUGGGGUUUGUUUUUUUUGUUGUCAGCACAUAAAUGCUUGAAUGAUUUAUUUGUAUUGUUUUUGUUAAAUGUUGGUAUCACAUCGGUUGGCAUCACGCCUUCAUAUCCAGAAUGUCAACCCUGAACCGACGCAUUUCUUGUCCCUGUUUCUCUCCCCCCCAACAUACACACAUAUCCGCUCUCUGCUACACGUGUUCCCAAAGAGCAAACACACAAAAAUAAGUGUCUUUGGAGUGAGUAACAAACAGUGUGUGUGUGUGUGUGUGUGUGAGUGUAUUAUAAAAGAUCACUGGAGGAAAAAAAAAAGAAAAACAAAAAAAAAGAAUCAACGACGAAUGGUGAAUUAUUUUCUUCUUCUACUUUUGAUUUGAUAAUAUAUUUUUUGUGUCGUUGAAAAUUUGGGGUUUGUACAGAUUUGGAUUUUUUCGGGGUUGGGGGGGGUAGAUGGGGUGUGAUGGUUCAUGUCGGAUCAUAUCAUUGCUGCCUUUUUCGGUGUAGUGCACCUUUAACACACACAUUUAACACACAACUCAUAGUGUAUCGGAUUAAUCAACCCCCCCAGUGCAGACAGCAGUUAUCGGUGUAUUUAAGGAUGAUGGUGGUGGUGACGGCUACUGCUCGUUCAACUUUUUGGCCAUUUUUUUUUUUUUUUUCACGUCUUUUCUUUCAAAGGCCUUGUCGGUUCAGAACGGCUUGAAGCAGAAAGAGAAAGCAGGAAGGACUUCUUUGCCAAAACGUUCUCGUAUCAGAGCACAUGUUCUUGUUCGAAACCACAAAACCAGAAGACGUCAUUUCCUUUCCCUCACUUUGCGUUGAUGCUCCAGUUUGUCGAAGCAGAAAAAAAAAACACACGCACACACACACACAUACACACACACAGGGGUUAGAGAAAGGGAGCAAUUGGGAUAAAGCUGGGUCCCGUCAGCUGGUCGUACCUAACAAUUUUUUUUUUUUCUUUCUUUCUUUCACAAUGACACACUGUCGUUUUAUUAUUUUUCUUUCAGUUUUUAAUACUUCAGAUUUUUCUUUAAAAGUUGAUCAUGUAUUAAGGUGCUGGGUAUUGGAUUCUAAUUAUUAUUCUGGCUGUUGCUGUUAUAUUAUCUCUUUCAGGGUUGAUUUUAUUUACAUUAUUUCGUUUUACAUUGCUGUAAUUUACAUUGAUUUAAAAAGUGUUUUGAGCAAACUGUAACUGUAGUGGUGGGUUUGGGGUUGGGAGGGGUGAUCAAC